UCAUUUUCAGUAUUGAGCUGUCCCGCGCGACGGCAGGACGUGUUUCGCGUGAAGCUAGCUUGUGGCGGUUCAGUUUCAACUACGCGUUUUUACAUCGUUUCCCGUCUUAAAUUGCGCUUCCUGGUGCAUCCUUUACUUUCCGCUUUGGUUGCAUGUGAUUCAUGCUGUUUAAUAUAAAAAUGAUCUACCGCACGCGAAACGCUUAACGCUGAGUGAUUUAGACGCGUUUCAAACGAUCAGUCACGUGUGCGGCCUUUAACCGGGACGGAUUAAGUUAGAGGAACAUUCGACGGGUGGAAAACACCCAUUUCCACUACCCAUUCACGAGAAAGGAGAUAAGAAUAUCGAGACGAUAGAUCCCUGCCAUUUUAAUGGAAUGCGAAGUUUGUCAACCCCGAAAGGUUCCUUUCAUGCACGUCGUUGAAAUUAUUCGUUUGUGUAUCUAUUGUACCUCGUCGUAACUGGUGCUUCAUUCCAUUUUGCCAUCAGAAGAAAAGUGAUCAAGGUUCAAUCCAGUGUAAACGAUUAUCUAUGCCGUGAGCAAGUUCUUCCCGUUCGAAUGUCCUUCGAAGCAGCUGGAAAUCUUGUAAAACCUUUUUCAUUCAUCAACUGGUGUGUGCAGUGAAACGAGACGGAUUUAAAAACAUACAUGCAUACACGAUCGUCCACAUGUGCUCACGGAAGCUGGUGAAGGAUGCAAAUUUCCAAAACGUAAAUACCUGCAAUUACAACAAUUAAAGUGUGAGUGCAAACGAGCCGCGUGUAACACACCACGGUCAGGCUUCAGCCAGAUCACCUGCCCGACCGAAACCCUUGUGAGACUCCGGGUGCUCCAGUAGCCAUACCACGACGGCUGAUGAGGCUGGUUGGCAAGAUUACUGUUAUUAUCGCACGAAUUAGGAUCAAUUUAUGGUCCAUUCCCGCACGGAACGAAUUUGCGGCGUAAAGAAGGGAGUGGUUCGGUGUAGUGAAGCAUGUUGACCCUUUCCGUGUAGUUAGGUGUUGAUGGUCGCGUUGGAGUUAAAGUGAAUGGAAGUAAAGAUGUGUAUUCUGCACAAGGAUAUAUGAUUGUCUAAGGUUCUGUUCUGCGACAGUGUGUUCUUAGGCCAGUGGAUAAUGUCUACAAUAUAUAAUAGUGCGCCGAAGAUGCAAAGAAUACUAAACGUGAUCGUGUAAAACUAAAGUUUGGUAAAUUGUAAACCUCAUCUGCAAACAUCAUGCCCGAUUAAUUUUGAGCAGUGUUCUUAUAAACAAAAGAAAACAAAACGUAAAUUAACACCACACCACUUGCUGAGGUGAUCGACGCAUUCAGCUGCUUCGCAAUGUAAAUAAAACACUCACUAUCGAUUAAGGCCAGUAUUAGUGUUAUAAGGAAAUCGAUAGCGUUUAGUGACGUGUAGAUCUGUAGAGUAGUGUUUGGUGUGCGUGAAAAAAAUACCCAAUUCUCAAACUUGUGUCCGCGAGUGUUAUUUACCCUUCCAAAACUUCCAAAGUGGCGUUCUUUACUGUACGAUCUCAAGCUCAAGCGAGAUUUCCGUUAUCGAAACUCUUCGCAUAGCCCUUCAGUUCCGGUAGUAGUCGAUGAAUGCAGCCGCAGGAAAAAAAGGCAGACCUACCCCCAGGUCCAUGUGCACCUUCGCGUUUGGAACGUAGAAAAUAGCAACAAAACAAAAAAAAAAUAAAUGAAAACGCAGAUCUAAACGCAACGCGAAGGCAACAACUCUAACGCGCCUUCGCCACGAUCGGAACGAACCUGUUUGAAAGGUACUGCACAAAUCGCACCGAACCAGUUGUGUCCGCAGCAAAACAACAAAACCUGCCGCCACUGGUGCAAAAGACUCCGGCUACUGCGGCUACUCGGAGGUUCAAGAAUAAUAAUACAUGCCCCUACAUGAAAGGGCCCAAGCAAGCACAGGGGGACAGGUAGAAGGUUGUCGUGCUAGCAGUUUCUUUCACGUACCCGCACGCUGGUACCGGUUUCCACUGCCGGUCACUACUGGGUGUGAACGGGCAUCGUGAAAAACUGUGGUGUCCACCGAAACAUUGGAGACCUCGAAGAUCGCGAACGGCUGGUACGCUGCAACGUUCUAGCCAAGUUGCCGCCAACCACGUCUUCCACAUCCCUAGACACGUCGCGGUCUCUUUCCGUACCUGUGAGCGGUACCUGUCCGGUAAACUCGUAUGCUAAAACUUGGCUCCAACCGGGUACGAAUUAAGGUGUGCGAUUACUAUUCGUUCCUGUGCUCCUACAAAACCGUAUUGGCCAGUUUCUAGAGGUUCUUGAAAUGCCUCACUUCCUCGGUGAGGGCUGUAGCUCCACACUCUGACCUGAUCGGGCUCCGAAACGACAGUGACCAAUUAAAAGGGCAUUAACGACACCAACUGUUUGUCUUGAGUUGACAAUAUACACACCAAGUGUAUUUUGCUACCAGUUUUCACGGAUCAUAUACUGUGUCAGAAUUCUUCACCAAGAGGACUACCUUUUGACGGAAGUCACAUACGAUACAUAAUCGACGUAAUGGCUCUCUUGAGACGCUAAUGUAUAGUUACGAGGUACGCAGCGGCAAAAAGAGAUUGAACGCUUCUGUGUAUUUGCGUGUGACCAAAAACAAAAUCCUACUGACCCCUGAUACAGCGUGCUUGACGGAGUGCAUUGCAAAAGUGUGAAAUAUUAGUUGCGUGUGAAAUCGUGUAGAAGAUUCUUGGCUCAGAAUCCGAUGUGCUAAGAUAGAAAGAGAAAGAGAGAGAGCAAAGCGUGUGCGUGUUGUUGUGUGAUUGUCCGUUAAUGCUAAUCUCGUUGCGGUGAUUGUCAGUCGGUAGCCGCAUACAACAUAGUGCAGUUGCUGUUAGUACUACCGCUGGCACCAGAAACAAGCUCACUAGACCUCUGCUUUACACGUGGAAUACACUCUCCCGGAUGUUUCGAUGUGGUACUGCUGCAGUAACCGAUCGUCAUCGGUGAUUCUCCCUCCAUCAUCAUCAUCAUUAUCGUCCGCAUCGCCAUCGUUCACCAAAACGCUGGAGUCUCACAGCGUGAUUGCUACUGCGGACAUCGUCACUGUCACCGCACAAGGAUUAUCAUUUUGAUACGGCGUACUGGAAUUUUAAUGGUUUACAUGAAUGGACUUGGCAAUGACCCUCUGUCUGCGAAAGAGGCAGAGGGCCCACCAGUCCAGCUAGAGCCCGUCGACCUCAGCGUUCGUUCCCCGCCAAAAGAUCUUAAGUCAACGUCGGUCCGAAUGCGAAGCGGUCUCUUGAAGCGACCUCCACCGCCACUCAUCACAGCUCCACACCUGUUAGCUUUAAGGCACAAAACAAAAGAUCUAUUUUACACGCUCCACAAUAACAACAACUACGAAGAGACCGAAAAUGACAGCACGGACAGCAGUAGUGAAACCACGGCAACGGCAAAGAUUGCUGCUGCUGCGGCUGCUGCAGCUGCCGCAACAAUUGCCGCUGCUGCGGCCGCCUCGCAAGCACCACCCUCCGCCUUCUCGCCGACGCACGCACAGCAGCUUCUUUCGACGCUGUGCGGCACCGGAAGUGCCAUCGUACCAGGCCAGUCGGAAAUGCCCAGCAACAACGGGAGCGUCACCGACGGUGCUACAGCAGCGGCACUCAUCCUAGCCGAGAAUAACAAUAGCCUUAGUGUGAAUAAUAACAACUAUCCUAGUGAAGGCGACCUUGAAACGAAACCGAGUACCUACCGCGAGUCUUCCUAUCCCAUCUACAGCAACUACUGUGUUCAGCAGCGUGCGAGUCCUACGCACCGUACGAAAGCGGAAAACCAUCAGAAAAAGUCCCCGGUAGUGGGACUUGGGACGCAUCCGGCACAUCACCAUCAUCCACAUCAUCUCUUUCCGGCCCAAUUCCUGCAAGCCUUUUCCGUGCAUCAUCACCACCAACAGCAGCAGCAGCACGAGGAACAACAGGCGGCAUUGCUUAAUACGGCCGGUAUUAAUCGUCGUUCCCAUUCCCCCCUUUCGAUGAUGCUCGAUCAGCAGCUACACGAACAGCUGCACCAACUAUCUGCGGCAUCCGUCGUGCAUCCACCGACUGUGGCCAAACUGUUGCCCAGUAUUCCGGCACCCUUAGCUGCAUCCAUUGCGUCGAUAGCGUCAAGCUUACCGAAGAAUCAUCCGCUCAGCGAGACUGCGACCGCCGCGUUUCAGCGAUUGCUUCAACAACAGCAACAACAGCACCAGCAAUCAGCCAACACGACCACAUCACAAACGGCAAAUUCCGGGGUAUUCUCACGUUCUCGCAACAACGCAAACUCCACCGGCAGUAACAGCCCGGAUCGUUAUACCGGGAAGCUAACUGAUCUGCGACAACGAACCGGAUCAACCAGCAGUUCCAACGGAGGGGUGACCAGUGAACAUACAGCAGCAUCAUCCACUAAACGCCACGGGAACGAUAAUAAUGGGCAUAGUAGUAGCAGCAGCAGCAAUAAUGCCACUCCUCGCCAUCAUCUUCAUCUAGCAUCGGCCUCACCGGGACUGCUAGGACUCGGUAGUGAACUGCGCCAUCAUCACCAUCACAAUCAUCAUCACCACCAAUCGUCCUCCUCACUGUCCUCGAUGAAAGGAUUGACGAAGAAUCGAAAGAUUCAUCGCUGUGACGCGACCGGAUGUGAUAAGGUGUACACGAAGAGCUCUCAUCUGAAAGCGCACAAGCGAACGCAUACUGGUGAGAAACCUUACAUUUGCACCUGGGAGGGUUGCGUUUGGCGAUUCGCCCGAUCGGAUGAGCUUACCCGCCACUACCGAAAGCACACCGGGCUGAAACCCUUCCGCUGUAAGCUCUGCACACGUUCCUUCAGCCGCUCGGAUCAUCUGUCGUUGCACAUGAAGCGGCAUUAAAUGACUACACGAUUUCGACGGCAGCGAAUCUUCCAACACAAAAGUUUUUUAAAGGAAAGCAGCAACAAAGUGGAGACACGACACUAUCGAUGAAUCUCAAUAUUGUGUACUACGGUUAAGUUAUUGAUAGGAUGUUUCUAUUUACUUUACUUUCUCUUACUGUUAACUCCUUUAUCUUUUACUUAGUGGAAGGGUAAAGUGGUUGCCGCAUAAAACAUUCUAUUUUCCUUAUUUUUUGGGCGCUUCUUCAUGUGCUUUAGUGUCGUUAAGAUAUGCUUAAUUCUCUUUUUGCUGUAACGUCUGUCGAAUGAGAUUUUCUAAUACCUAAUAUCUUUUCCACAAACAUGUUGUGUAACGCUUUGGAUGCAAUGCUUGUGCAUCGUCUUUCCAAUAUUGAAUCUGAUCUUACUACUUCUUAAAACAAUUUCUGUUUAUAUUGUAGAUCUUAAUGCGUACCUUUCUUGCCAGCAUACAUCGAUACUGAAAACCGAAUAUUCCUAAACGUAGUGAAAGUAAACGAACGACAGUUUGCUUGAAUUGAAAGAGACCUAGAAACAAAUGCUCAUAAUUUUUCCAACGAUUGUCAGUAGCGAAACCAUUCCCAAACGAGCCAGUUUAUACAUAUUUUUGUUUUUCUUUUAAGCUUAACAUUAACUUUCAUUAAUUGUUAGUGAAAUAAUACAUUUGUAGACGAAGCAUGUCCUAGAUGUUAGUAGUGAAAUUGAACUGUCGCAAUGGACAAUCCCAGGUGACCAUGCAAACCAUGACAUUUGUUGACGCGAAAUGCCAGUUAAUACUCGAUGACUAGUAUGAAUUUCCUACACUUUAAUACUCCCAAACAGUUACUACAGUGUACGAUACAUUUAAGAGCUUUCACUAAAGCUGUAAUGCAGUAGAGACAGAAGGACGUGAAGAAAGAAAAUAAAAACAUCGAGAAUGCGAACGUACGAGUCGCGAAACGUAAAGUGCAAUGACGGAAAAUCCCAAAAUAGUGCUGUAAGAAACGUGGUGUUUAUUUUACAUCCAACUCUUUUUUUUUUGUUUAGCUAGAUUUGUUAAUCGUUAGCCUAGUUGUGUUUGUUUAGUUUAUUGCAGUAGAGAUUUUAUUUUACACUUUCUGUUUCUGUUGACGUCUGCUCGUGUUUAAGUUGUUCGCUAAAGUGUAGUAAAGCGUGCAGUGGAGAGCAGUUUGGUUAUCGAUUCCUUACAUAGCAUGUGUGCAUAAGAGAAAUGGUUAACAGUUUGUGAUCGGAUCCUAGAUUCGCAUGUGUGUGGGUGAUGUGAACAAAAAGCAAGGUGCUGUAAUGUUUUUUUUAAAAUAUUCAAUCUAAAAUUACAUAUUUUCCCCUUUCGGUAAACUAAUGUUCAGCUUAAUAAAUUUCCUUUUUUCCGUGUAGUUUUUUUUUUAAAUUUUCAAUACGGAAACGUGUGCGAUUGUGCCCCUGUAGAAGAAAUAAUCCUCAAUGUUCAAAGGCCAGCUAGAACCUAACACAAGACGAUCAACUCGACCAGAAAGUACCCAGUGCGCCAGUAACUAAUUUUUUUUUGCAGUUAAUCAUAAUCAUAGCUUUCAUGUCUUUUUGGUCGUCCGUUUUUUCCACAUUUCACAGAUCAGCUAAUGGAACUAUUUCUCAGUUGUUUUACUGAUGUUUUGUUAUGUUUUUGUAAAUUGUUUUUGCAUUGGCUUCAAACAAAAGCGUGAAUAAUGGACCGAAGAGAAUUGUUUUUUUUUUUUGUUUGUUUAUAAUUUAAGUUCGUUGUGUUUAAAACGCAAGCGUGUAACGUGUGACAAGAACAUAGAUUAGACACAAAAAUGAGGUGCGUUCUGAAACUGCCUGCCCAGCGAAAGCGUGUGUGGACAGCAUAGCAAAGCCAGUAUUGUUUAAUGUUUUACCUAAUGGAUAAGUUUAUUAUCGAUUUUAAACUAGCGUUAAAGUGAAAAUGUUCAUUUCAAACCGGCAAAUAGAAUCAGAGUUUUAGUAGAAUUUUUUUUUUACGAACACAAAACAAAUUCAAAAUAAGCCAACUUUUAUCAUUCUUUUACGCUAGGGCAAAGUGUUUUAGAAAGUUUUCUUUUAAAUCCACUGUGAGUAUUUGGUGUAAGCAAUAAACAUGUCAACAACGUACGAUCACAAAAUGAAAAAAAUCCAUGCCAAGUAGAAAGUAAAACCAAAAAAAAAAAAUGUUGUAUCGUUCUUUUGUGUUGUUUUUAAUAUCCGAAAAUUUUUACACAUCUAACGUCAAGGUGGGUUUGUUACUUAUUAUUUUCUUUUGUUUUCGCAUUAUCUAAAACAAUCUAAAACAAACUUGAAUCAAUCAACAAGCUUCAACCA